GGAUGACUGGCUCCACUAUUUCUGCCCUUGUGGUGUGUCCUUGCAGCCUUCCGCGCAAACGCCUGAGGUGCCGGGCGCCGCCUCGCACGCCGUGCCACGACGGCUGAAGACCCUGAUCGUGGCGCCUGCGCAUCUCCUGCGGCAGUGGCGGGAAGAAUUGGCGGGACAAAACUCCUUGGAGUCGGAGGUCAUGGACUACGAGGAGGCCAGUGAGCUCAUGAGCUCGCAGGGGUGGAGGAGGUUGGUCAUCGAUGAACCGCAGGACUGCCCUGGCUCAGCUUGGUCUUCCCUGCAGCGCCUGGCCGACGAGUUUCGAGAAGCAGGUGUGGCAGUGUGGCAGCUAUGUGGCACCGCCAAAUCUCAGUUGGAUUCCAUUGGGCCCUUGCUGCUGGGCUGGAAAGGCUGGCAUGUGGCCUGGCGUCAGUCUGAAUGGACAGGCUUCCCACAGCUGGCGCAUCUCAUCCGCACGCGGUUUCUGGCAGAUCCACCUUGGGCGUGUUUGCCGCGGCCUCGUUUGGAAUGGCACAACGAGGGAGUGGUGCUGCGCCCCAGGGAGAGUACCGAUGUUGGAGUGGCCAACCUGGCUGGCUUUGUACUGGAUAGUGUUCUUUUGCUGUCCUUCGGCGCUGGAAUGGCAUUCGCCGCUGCACAAGAACGUGACCAGUUGCUCGCGCAGAUGGGUUGGUAUAGCUGUGUAGGCACCUCACUUCUACCGAUGGAAGAGCAUGCCUUGGCCGACUGGGAAGGAACGGUGCAGAGUCGCACCAAGCAAAAGCUGGAGAAGCUGCAGAAGGAGAUUGGCAAGUUGGAGGCCAGUGAAAGUCAACAAGGUCUUCGUUAUCAGCUCGCAGCGGGGGAUGCGGCCUUGGCACCUGACCUGUCGUUCCUGUCCGUGGAGACCGUUCGCGUUUCCAUAGAAGGCCUCGAAGAGACACAGGCCUGCGCCGGUGCUGCUGCAGAGUGGAAUGCACUGCUGCCCAGUCAGAGCUAUCGAGGUGCCUUGGUCUCCGGCCGUGCGCAGCCCGGUGUGGUGCUGCUGCGGCCGGAGACCGUCGACUUCGGCGCCAGCUGCGCGGAGGCCGAGGCCCUGGGCGCCGUGGCGGUGAUCUUCGCGGCCGAGCGCGGCGCAGAGCGACCGUUUGGGUAUCGCCACGACCGGGCGCCGCCAGGUAUCCCCGCCUGCAUGGUGAGUUGCGACUUUGCCCAGCAGCUCUUCCGGGCUCUGGAGCAGGGCUCACCGCUGGAAGCAGAGGUGAUGCUGUUGGCACAGGAGAGCCAUGAGGAUGAUCGCGACUUGGAGGAAGGAAUGGUCUCAGCUUUCAUUGCCAACGACGCGGUGGACACGACUCUUCACCGCCAGCUGAAGGCUCUCCGUGGGGAGCGCGAGCGCUGCGAGCGUUCUCUGCGUUUCGCUCGACAGAUGCGGCACCUGUUGGAGAGGAACGAAGCACACUGCCCGGUCUGUUUCGCAACUGGGAAGGAGGCGGAAGCCUUUGCUGUGCUUCCCGACUGCUUUCACAUCCUGUGCCGGGGUUGUCUAGAGCAACAGGCCGGGAUGGAGCCAACUUUCGGAUGCCCCAUGUGCCGUACAUCUGUCUUCCGUCUGGACGUGGUGGUGUUCAAAUCUCCUGGGAUUGAAGCCAUCAAAACGGAGGAAUCUGAAGAUCGCUCCAGAUCGCCACCCAGUCGCGCCGCUGGAGAGGCUUCUUAUGUGGCUUCAUUACAACAGCGGGAGGUGUUGCCCUCCAAGCUCCAACGUCUACUGUCCUUGCUCCAAGAGCUGUUGGCUUCGGGUCCUGAGGAGCGUAUCCUGGUCUACACUCAAUGGGCUACCCAUGUGGUCUACCUCCAAGACGUCUUGCAGCAGCAGGGCAUUUUGUCCCUGGCCUUGGUGGGCGAGCUGCGGGAGACGAUGGACGUUCUGAGCCGCUUCGGAUGCCAUGGCGAACCCCGGGUGUUGCUGCUGUCGAGCCAGCGCCACUCCUCUGGUAUCAAUCUGCAGAUGGCCCGGCACGUGGUCAUCGUGCACCCCUACUGUACGCCGACGGCGACAAGCCAGGAAUCCAUCUCGCGGCUGCAGAUGUUGGCCUUUGAGGCCCAGGCCAUUGGCCGUGUACGUCGAUACCCACAGAAAAAAACGGUGCAUGUACAUCGCCUUUUUGCCGUGGGUUCCGUAGAAGAGGAACUCUAUGCAAGGUAAGCGGCAGGUCUUCCAAAGGUCACCCUUUUUUGGGGGACACAACUGACGCUUCCAACAGGAUGAAGGGGAGGUGCCAUGAACCCGGUAGAGCGAAGGGCAGAGUUUGGGGCCGAGAACUUUUAAAGCGCCCCGGAUGUGAUCUUUUGAAUCUGUACCUAUUCCAAGUUGACAUGAGUCGACGAGCCCUGGGCGGAGAUCCUACUGGAAGCCCCAUGUCUCAAGAUGGGAAGAAUGAAGCGCAGUCGUCACUGAAACGUGCGCAGAUGCAUGGGCUGGCCAGCGGGAUCUUUUGAAGCCAGCAUUGGGCAUGUUCAUCAUAAAUUCCACUGCAUGGGCAUGG